CGACACACGUGCGUUUAUCAUCCUCCGGUCUGGGGCGGAUGUGGGGCGUUCCACAUAGAAACGGCAGUAGCCUACGCGGUAGCUUUAUACCACAGUAACCUUCACAAUGCGAAUGGUUGCCACAUUCCUCGUCUCUUCCAUUGCUGUUGGCAUCGUCGCCGCGGUCAGAGAUGACUCCAGUAGCUACGUCGACCAACUGAUCUCUGUUGCUGUACCACGCUAUCUGCGUGCAUAUCACCCACAAGGCAUUCCUCUUGAGGACUUCCGGUUCACAGUGCCCAGAAGUGAACCAGGCAAACCUGGCAUGAGAGCGGAGUUUCACAACGGCAAACUCACGGGGCUUGUGGAGUCACCAGGACUGGAGAGACUUGGCUUUUGCUCGUCCAGUGACACUGGAGACGAUGCUGUUUCCAUACGCUGUUACCUCACGCUGGACAAUCUGAAGGUGCUAUACGACGGGUCAACCAAAGGAGACGACAUAAACCGCGUCAACAAAAGCAUCAGCGUCGAGGCCAGAUUUGUUCGAUCCAAUGCGUACCUGGAGAUCGUCUCUGAACAUGCAGGUUCGUCACCCGUGCUGAAGACGUGGACCCUUAUGCCUCCAAAGCUUCGUCUCUCCUAUUCCCGGAGUCUUCACCUCAACGUGGUGAAACGACGUCAAAAUUUCGACGUUCAAAUCCACCUUAACAUCCAGGAAGCUGUCUCAGCUGCCUUUUAUGGAACACUGCGUGAUGCCUUGGAGAGCGUCAUUUCGACAGUACCGCUACCUCUGGUGUAAGGGGCUCUUUACCAUUCCUGUUUGCUGAAAUGCACCGAUAUGUGAUUUCAAUAAAGUAGAAUGGACGUUGUA